GAUGAGAACAGAAACUAAAGGGUUGAAUGGUAAACAUUUAUUAAAAUACAAUUGUAAAGAUGAAUAUGAUGGAGUUUUUUUAAAUGGUUAAAAACAUGGUAAGGGUAAAUAUAAAUGGGCUAAUGGAGAUUAAUAUUAUGGAGAUUGGAAAAAUGAUUAUCGAGAAGGAAAGGGUCAUAUGAGAUGGGAUGAUGGAUGUGAAUAUUAUGGAGAUUGGCAAAAUGACACUAUAGAGGGAAAGGGCCAAAUGAAAUUUGAUGAUGGAGGAGAGUAUUAUGGAGAUUGGAAAAAUAAUAAUCGAGAAGGAAAGGGUCAUAUGAAAUGGGAUGAUGGAAGUGAAUAUUAUGGAGAUUGGAAGAAUGACAUUAGAGAGGGAAAGGGUCAAAUGAAAUGGAAUAAUGGAUGUGAAUAUUAAGGAGAUUGGAGACAGAAUAAUCAAACUGGAAAAGGUCAAAUGAAAGUGGCGGAUGGAUCUUCAUAUGAUGGAGAUUGGAUAAAUGGUUAAAAACAUGGAUUUGGAGUAUAUCAAGCAGCUAAUGGUGAAAAAUAUUAUGGUUAAUGGGUAUUUGACAAAAAAAUUUGAA